UCACUCACUCUCACAGUUGCACUCUCAGUCUCAUGUGUUAUAUCUUCAACACAAAGCCUUCAUUCAACUUCCACCACUAAUACCCAUUUCCCCUGUUCCUCCUCUAAGUUGCUACAUUUUUUUUUUUCCUUUGGCCUCUUUUACAUAUUUUCGUGCCAUACAAAUACAAACAAUUUUUCUUGCUUUUUUUAUUUACACAUUCUUGAAGUACUUAUUCAAUCGGGUGAGAUGUAAUUCUUGUUAAAUGGGUCGAGAAAAAUCUUCAUCGCUGAUUUUGCUCUCUUGGGUUUUCCUUGUUCUGAGUUUCAGAGUACACUGUGAUGGCUCAGAGGUUUCUUUGAAGUUACUGAGGACACCUCGCGCAUUCUCAAACUGGAAUUUUGCUAAAUUUGCUUUUCAAGUUUUGGUGAGCGGCAAUGGUGACAUUUGUGCGGACUGCUCCACUUAUUGCAAGCUGGAUGAUCACAAGUCUUCUGUUUGUGAAAGCGGAGAAAUUUUAUACACACGGUUGUUAGAUGGAAAUCAUACAUUUGAAGUUUGCACCAACGGAUCUCAUGGAGUCGGAUGCGCUCGUUAUAACUGGACUGUUGACACUAUUCCUCCUACAGCCUACAUUACUGCACCGACAUCUUUUACGAAUGCUUCAAAUGUUUCAGUGAACAUAUCUUUCAGCGAGCCAUGUUGGACCCACGGUGGUUUUGGAUGCUCUUCCACGAAUUCCUGCAAUCUUCUUGUUUAUGGCCCUGGACAGAUCGUGCCAAACACACUCAAAGUUGUUGAGCCAGACCUUAAAUUUUCUGUUGUCGUGAGUCUGUCUACACGUGAUCAGUAUGGAAGAGUGGUCGUGGUAAUGGAUAAAAACUUCUGUUCAGACUCUGCUGGAAACAAAUUUAAAAGGACAGAAAAUUCAAGAAUAUUUAUACAUUUUGAUAGAAGAACAGUGUCCGUUGACAUAAGGACUCAAAUACCUGAAAGGCUACUACAGAUUGACAGAGAAACGAGAACAGUGCUAGCUACCAAUAGAACUGAGAACAUGAAGGUGUAUUUGUACUUUACAGAACCUAUUGUCAACUCAUCUACUGAAAUUUUGAAUUCCCUGAACAUAAGUCAGGGGUUGGUUACUCCCAUUAGUGGAAAUAGUUUGGGAGAACGUAGAUUUGGCUUUCAGGUUAAAGGCAUAUCACAGACGGCAAUAGUCACAUUGAGCCUAAGAUCAAGCUUCAUAUUGAGCAGACAGGGAACCUCCGUUGCUCCAGUAACUCCAGUUACUUUUCUAUACGAUAUGCAACGGCCUGCUGUCAGCUUGAGCACAACAUCUAGGAUGAGAACUUGUGAAGAGCAAAUUCCUGUAUGGAUAAAGUUCGUUAAGCCUGUGUUUGGAUUUAAUUCUUCACAUGUGUCCAUCAUUGGAGGACAUUUGCAGAGUUUUCAAGAAAUGAGUAGAAGCAUAUACGUUGUCAAUAUACAAGCCAGAGAAGAUUUUGUUUCUGUGAGCAUCCCGGAAAAUGUAACUGGUGAUGUUGCUGGAAAUAGGAACCUGCAAUCUAAUGUUCUCCAGCUCCUGCACUAUACUGUACCAUCAAUAUCUCAAGUGCUUUCCAUCUUUGCAACUGCUGCUUUCGUGGUAACAUCUUUUGCAGCAGGGCUCCUCACUGUGUCAACUGCGAGCCUCCAAUCUGUUGGUGCAUACUCAAGACCAAGCUCUUUUAUGACAUCUGAUCCUGCUAGAAAUCUUUUCAGAAUAGCUUGUCACAUUCAGGUAUGUGCAUUGACGAGAUGGUUGCCAGUUACAUUGCCAGUUGAAUACUACGAAUUUGCUAGAGGCCUGCAAUGGAGUGUUCCUUACAUGAGGCUCCCAUGGGAAACUGGAAGCAUGUUUCCAUUCAUGAGGGGACCGAGUUCCCCGACAAACUCACAUUCAUACGGCUCUAAAAUUAAUGAUUUUGGAAUGAAAACAGACAAAUACAAUGUGGACAAAGCUUCAGGAUUAUAUGGGCUGCCACUUAGUCCUAUGGAAUAUAGGUCAAUCUUCGAGAGCCAGAAUCUUCAUCCGGAAGCUCAGUAUAUCCUGGAUCCACAAUAUUCAAGUGGGUGGAGAGAUUUCGACAGAAGCAUGUUUUGGUUAGCCGUUAUUGGAGGCAGCUUGAUAUUACUGCAUGUUUUGCUCCUUUUUAUUUUAAAACUGAGAAAGGACACAGAAAAAAAGUGGAGUUAUGGAGCUUUGGUCUUUCCAAGAUUUGAGAUCUUCCUUUCAAUUAUGGCUAUACCUUGCAUUUGCAAAGUCUCAGUAAAUAUAGUUAAAGGAGGAUCAACUGCAGGAAUUGUUGUUGGCAUUUUACUUUUGGGUUUAGUAUCAUUUCUACUGCUAGCAUUGCUCUUGUUCCUCUCUAUUGGAAUCACGUUAGGGAAGCUUCUUCAGUAUAAGGAGGUACACCAAGUUGGGCAGACAUUCCAUUGGUAUCAAGAAUUAAUCCGAGUUACCCUAGGUCCUGGUAAAAGAGGUCAGUGGACAUGGAAAAAAUCACGCGAUUCUAAAUAUUUAAUCGUGUUUGGCCCUCUGUUUGAGGAUCUAAGGGGUCCACCAAAGUAUAUGCUCUCUCAGAUUACAGGAGGAAAUCCUAGCAAGCAUCAUGACAAAGUCAUUGCAACAGACGAUGAGACGGAAGAUGCAGAAGCACCUUUUAUCCAGAAGGUGUUUGGUAUUCUAAGAAUAUACUUCACAUUUCUUGAAUUUGUGAAGCGUGUUUGUCUUGGAAUUGUGGCUGGUACUUAUUUGAAGAAGUGGUCUUCAAAAACUCCGAUAGUUGUCCUGCUUAGCAUCACUUCUUUCCAGCUAUUCUUUAUGGUUCUGAAGAAGCCUUUCAUUAAAAAGAAGGUUCAGCUUGUUGAGAUCAUCUCAGUUGCUUGCGAAGUAGGUAUUUUUGCUGCUUGCAUUGUUCUCUUAGAAAGAGAUUCAUCAAGAAAGGAAACCGAAAUUGGAAUCGCCAUGCUUGCACUUUUCUUCAUAGCAUUUUUGGUCCAGCUGCUAAAUGAAUGGUAUGCAUUAUACAGACAGACAAAGCGACUCGGUCCUGAUGACAAUUCUUUCUGCUCCGGACUGAAAGCAGCAUCAAUUGGAUUCCUCUUGUUUUUCAUUCCUCAAAGAUUGAUCAGAAAGCUCGAAAGCGGAUCUGCUUUGUUAGAUCACAGACUAAAGGAAACUGGGGAUUUUACUUCUUCUGGUGACAGGAAUAGGAGUUCUGGUAGUAGAAGCUCAGGUGACAAAGCAUGGAUGCGACGAAUAAGAGAACUAGCAAAAUCCAGCUUUAGUAAAGACAGUAAUGCAGCUCCAAGUGAUCCCUCAACAAGUACUGUUAGAUGGAGCGGAUUUUGGAAUACAAAGAGAAGUGGGAGCUCAUCUAUAGAUGCAUCAGCAGACUUCAAGUCAAAACCAAGAGGAUUGUACAAUGAUUUAGAAGCUAUUUUUGCUUCCAAGUCAUAAACAUCUUAUUCAUUAUACAAUGGAGUAGUAUAUUCUGGUUACUUUACUACAUCUAAAGCGGGUUUGAACUUGUUGCUUUAACUAUGUAACAAUGUAUCUGUAUGCUUUAAAUUAAAGUAUACGUAUUCUGAACUCA